AGCCGCCUGAGCUCCCCCCGGGGCCGGGAGGCUGCCUCUGGCCGGGGCUCAGCAGGCGGCUUUCUGGGACAGCCAUUUCUGAUUCCAAGCCGGUGUUAAGCCGGCUGUCUGAGGGCAGAGCGGAGUCAGUCCACCUCUGCUCGGCACCGAACGGCAGCAGCAUGGUGCUCCGGGGAGCCUGCAUCCUCCUCCUUUGCCUCCUCUCCCUCACCCAGGUCUCCAGCCAGCAAAACGCCAAAGUCCGACAAAAACCAGUGGCUGCCAAGAAAGAUGGUGUGAGCCUGAAAAUGAUUGAAGACCUAAAGGCCAUGAUUGACAACAUCUCUCAGGAGGUUGCUCUACUGAAGGAAAAGCAAGCACUCCAGACAGUUUGCCUGAAAGGCACCAAAAUUCACCUAAAAUGCUUUCUUGCAUUUUCGGAGACCAAGACGUACCACGAGGCCAGCGAAAACUGCAUCUCGCAGGGCGGCACGCUCAGCACCCCCCAGAGCGGGGAGGAGAACGAUGCUCUCUACGACUACAUGCGCAAGAGCAUCGGCUCCGAAGCGGAGAUCUGGCUGGGCCUCAACGACAUGGCGGCGGAGGGCAAGUGGGUCGACAUGACGGGCGGUCCUGUCCGCUACAAGAACUGGGAGACUGAAAUCACCACCCAGCCUGACGGUGGCAAGCUGGAAAACUGCGCAGCUUUGUCAGGGGCUGCGAUCGGCAAGUGGUUCGACAAGAGGUGCAAAGACCAGCUGCCCUACGUCUGCCAAUUCAUGAUCGUGUAGCGGCGGGGCCUUCCCCCACCCGCCCACAACCUGGGUCUUCCCCCUUGGCAGCAGGAUUAUAAAGCUAUAGGUAUGUGUACGUGUCCAUGUAUGUAUGCACGCACGCGCACACAUGUUCAAGUAGAGUCACUCUUUGCAACGAGAAUCGUCACAGCUCAGUGUCGGAUUAGAGACCAUUAGAGCAUUUCAAUUUGGCCACAUCCAGCCCCAUUAGCAGCUGCAUCGUUCUUACUAAGGCAUGAUUUAUAGAUAUUUUUUUUUUUUUUUUACACAGGGAAUUUAUGAGGAUGGCCUGGUUGUUUUGGCAAAGAACUGCUGCAGCAGUCCAGCCUGGCAAACAGCUGCCUUGGCUGCCCAGGGCCUUUCCCAUCUUGUUGAGCUUUGUUGGGACACCAGCAUAGCUAGCUCCUGCUUUCUUCCCCUGUUUUGCUCCCCCACGAGCCCUGGCAGCGAUCUGUGGGAGCUCCUUGUUCUUCACAGUGCCCUGAUCCAGUCUCCUAGGGAUCAAGAUUCGGUCUUGACAAGCAGAGGGAGUUACUCCUGCUUUGCAUUGAGAGAUACAAUCGGGCUUGUUGGCUGAGUACCAGCAGCUCAGCGGGUUGUCCAACUAGUCCAGUGAUGUGUAUGAAUGAAUUAACAAGUAACAGGCAUGGGUUGACUUACUGAGAAGGCGGGUGUCCUUUCCAGAAGCAUUCCUCGCUUUGUUGGUCCUUUUCUCAUCAGCCAGAAGCCAGUUUCACUGAUUUCAGUGGGAGAGUGAGACCCACUUCCAGAUCUUUUAGAAAAAAAGAAAAAAAAAAUCCCAUCGGAAGCUUUAUUUAUGCUCCAGCAUCACAGGGGAAGCAGGGAUGACUUGCAGCAUAGUCAGUCAAAUAUAUUCCUGGAAAUAGAAGAUGAAAAUAUUACAUAAAUAACAGAAAGUAAUGCUAGGAUGGAAUAUGCAGCCAUGUAAAAAACAACUGUGUAUCAAAAACGAACCCCAGAACAACUCACUUCAGCAGCUUCAGGAAACAUCUGACCUGUUUAAAGGAUUGAAACCCAGCUGAUAGUACAGUCUUUGUUGAUCCAGGCACAGUCCUCAGCAAACAUAAAUUUGCUGAGUACUGUUUGAGCCUAUUAAGUCAUGCCCAGCUGAAGGUCUGGCCUCAGUAAUUCUUGGCUGAAAAAAAGGUUAAAGAAAAAAAAAUAAAUUGUAAUAAACAGCAAUGAUGGGAAAGAAGUGCAGGCUGUUGGCUGAAAGGUAUCAGCGGUUCUUUUGUUGUCCGGUGCUUGGUUUGGGUCACAUCCCCUGCGCUGUCAGGUUGGGCAUGUCAAGAACUGAUGCACAUGGGGAGCCCAUGGAAGAGGUAUUUCAAUUUGCUGCCUUGUUUAAAAACAGCAUGAUGGUGGGUAUUCCAAGAUGUCUAGUGGGAGUCAAGCUGGAGAGAUUGAAACACAGACACACACAAAUGCAGGGUGCACGCUUCCGAGGCUGUCACUAUUGCCAAACUCUCUGCUGUUCAAACGACUAUAAAAUAAAAUAUAUAUAUAUAGCUUGCUGAAG